CAGCCGGCACUUUGAUUUGACGCUGACUGUGGUCCGCGCGCAGUGGUGACCUUUAAACCUUCAGGUGUGGAGUGUAACAGCAGCGCCAUGCAGCGCGUGGACACAGUCUCGGGGAGUCUUGCGUGUGGAGCUGCACACCUCCACCUCUGCUGUCUGUGACGACUUUUUUUUCUUCUUCUUCUUCUUUAAAUCACUUAAAACAACUUGAACCACUUUUCUCCACGAUGCGAAGCUGCAGCAGCAGAUGACGUAGAAGUUUGAGGCGCUGGGAGAAGUUUGUGUUUCCUCUGAGUUCGUGUCUUACCUGGGACACGCGCGCACACACACCUCUCUCUCGCUCUCCUGUGGCCCCCGCCCCCCCCCUCCCCGGUACACUGCAGCCUCUGCGUGGCCCCCGGCGGCCAGGAUGGACUCCCUCCUCAUGUUGGCACCGGGAGCUCUUCCUUCAUGGAAAGCCGCGAUUCUGCUCAUCAACAUAAUCUCAGCCGCCGUGGCCAAGCGACACGCCGUGUUCUGGAAUUCCACAAACACGAGGUUGGCCUCGGGCGAUCUGUCCGUCCAGGUGAAUCUGAACGACUACCUGGACAUCUACUGUCCUCACUAUCCAAACAGAGAAACCCUGGGACCCGGGCAGCCGGAGACGCUCGCCCUCUACCUGGUGGGAGAGGCAACGUUCCAGGGCUGUGUGGAGACCAGGGGCGCCAUCAAGAGAUGGGAGUGUAACAGCCCCUACGCCCCAUUUGGACCAGUGCGCUUCUCUGAAAAGAUCCAAAGGUUCACACCCUUCUCGCUGGGGUUUGAGUUCCAACCCGGUCGUCACUACUACUACAGCUCUCUGCCCUCAGAUGAAGGCCCUCCUCUGCCAUGUAUGAAGCUGCGCGUCACCGUGUGCUGUGAGCCCACGUCAGAGGGUUCAAAACAAGUACAAGAUACUGCACCUGAUAGUGGAGCUGUCUCACUGAGGACUACUCCUCUGCUCCUGCUUCAGCUCCUCCUCAUCAGCCUUCUCCUGCUGACAGCCUGACGUCCUCAUUCGUCCUCAUUCGUCCUCAUCGGUGACUGCUCCCGUUCUCCGUAGGCGCUGAACUCAGUUGAUCAAGUACGCGAUGCAGUCUGCGCUCAGACGAUGCUACAUGACAAACACUACCGCGCCCGCUUUGCUUUUCGAGAAACGGGCUUCAUCUGAACGUUUGGCCAAAUAAACACACACUACUGCACUGAGUGGCUCAGGUCAGAGGUCAAUCAGUGAGCUGGUGACUUUAGUUUAGUUUUUUGGUUUUUUUUCUGCCAUGCUGUACACGAGCAGACACAAACUCAGACUCGCUCGUUUCCUAACUGCACGAUUCUGCGUUUUAGAAUAAUAAAUGUGUUCGUACUAAUUAGUUUCUUGAAAAAUGAGUAUUUUGGUAGGAAAUGGGGGAUUCUGGCAGAGUCAGGCAAGGCUGCUGCGCCCCCUGCUGGGAUUAAACUGGUUUAACUGGACUGGGCUGGACGUCCAACACACAAACUGGACACUAGAUAUUGUGGUGUUGUACGAUUUGAAAAAUGGGACCUUGCAUGGCAUGUUUUCGGCUCACUGGUCGGACGUCUUCUUCUCUGCCUGUGAAUAAACACGUGCACGUCGCUCUUGACUGAACACACUGACGAUCGCUGAGGUCUGUGUCUGGUGUGCAGAUAUGCUUUAUUUUGGUUGUUCAUUAUCAUUUUAACUGUGUAGCUAAUAUAUUCUGCACAAUGAGAUACAUGAACUGUAUAAUCCAGGGCUUUAGUGAGAACUGGUUUGAUAUUUAAGUGCGACGAUUUAAAAAAACAAAACAAAAAUGUGUGUUUACUUGUUUGUUUUCUGCCCAAUUGUAGUUCACCCAAGUUAAAGGAGCUGAUGGUGGAAUUAACUUCUUUUUUAUUUGUUUUUGCCAAACACAUUUUUAAUGAAAAUGUCAAAACAAAUCAAACCCCGAUCGGAGUUAAAUGUGUGUAUUUUUAUGAAAAUAAGUUUAUAUAUUUAUAAAGUUAUAUAGUUAAUGCCGAUAAUCGAGGGACUUGAGGUCAGAGGCUCUAUAGGUUAAUUGUAUAGUUUAUUCUUUUCUUUUUUUUAAACUACAUUGUUGGCACUUAAUGUUUUUUGUAUUUUUUGUUUUUUUAAAAUCAGUCAAUCAUGACGUCGUUUUUAGAUCAUUUUUUCCCAAACGGGUGAUUACAAACCAAUGUUUAGAAUAUGUAGAAUUUUACAACCAUUUACUGUGUGUGUGUGUGUGUGUGUGUUCCGCAUUCACAUUUUAGUGAAGAAUGUAGCUUCUUCUGUGAAGAGCCAUCUGCAAUCUGAGCCUCUUUUUCUUUUUUCUUUUUUUUUUUUACGUGG